GGUCCCUUCUCUCUCUCCCUCUCUUUUAGUCAAAAGCCUAUAAAAUCAUACGCCAAGUCCUCCACAAGGGCCGACCUUUAUGUUUCAGCAAAUACAAAUAGCAACUCCUCUACCAUUUCCAGUUUCCAUCACCGCUCUGCUACCAAAAAAAACAAUAAAAAUAAAAACCAAAGCCAACAACAACAGCUACUUCCAACUCUUGAACUUGCUUAAUGGGGAGAUCUCCUUGCUGUGAAAAGGCUCACACGAACAAAGGAGCUUGGACCAAAGAAGAAGAUGAUCGCCUCAUUGCUUAUAUCCGAGCUCACGGCGAAGGCUGCUGGCGCUCUCUGCCUAAAGCAGCCGGCCUUCUUCGCUGCGGCAAGAGCUGUAGGCUGCGGUGGAUCAACUACCUCAGACCGGACCUCAAGCGCGGAAAUUUCACUGAAGAAGAAGAUGAGCUCAUCAUCAAGCUCCAUAGCCUCCUCGGGAACAAAUGGUCUUUGAUUGCUGGGAGACUACCGGGAAGAACAGACAAUGAGAUAAAGAACUACUGGAAUACCCAUAUAAGAAGGAAGCUUUUGACAAGAGGUAUUGACCCUGCAACUCACAGACCACUCAAUGAAACACCUCAGGACUCUGCCACAACCACCACUAUCUCUUUUGCUGCUUCUUCUGCUAUUAUUAAAGAAGAAGAUCAGAAAAUCAGCACCAGUAUUGGGAUUGUGGGCAGCAAAGACUCAAACAACCCAGUUCAAGAGAAGUGUCCAGAUUUGAAUCUCGAGCUUAGAAUUAGUCCUCCUAGCCAGGCCAAACCAGCUGAGUCUUUGAAGAGUGGGGGAAGAGGUGUCUGCUUUUCUUGCAGUUUGGGGUUAAAGGACUCAAAGAGUUGCAGUAGCUGUGGGAUUGAUAAUAUUGGUGCCACAAGUGCUGGCACUAGUAAUAUUGCUUAUGAUUUCUUGGGAUUGAAAAAUGGGGUGUUGGAUUACAGAAGCUUGGAGAUGAAAUAAGAUUGAUUAGUUGGAGUCAUGAAAUUGUAAUAUGUAGUUCUAAGUUGAGUGGGGGAGAAAUCAGAUGGAGAUUGCUGAUAUUAAUCCCUUGAGAGCUCUCUGAUGUUUUCCCUCUCUUUAUGUCUCUAAUUUUUAUUGACUAUUAGAGCAUAUUUAGUAUAAUACCAGUACAGCUGAUUGGGGAAAUUCCUUUGAGCAUUUAUCUGAAUGUGAAUCGUCUUCUGUUUCCAAAAAAAAAAAA